UUUGUGUGGGUGAUAGGUCGUGAUCGCAUGUUGUUUCUUUUUGUGCGAUACCUAUAUAUAAUAUUCCGUCUGCAUACAUAAGCUAGCGGCGAUCGACAUCGUAACGAGUUUGGCGCUGGACGAGGGCGGACGCACACGCCUUACGUCACACACGCCCGUCAAUUGUUUAUCCUUCGCUAGUGUUCGCGGAACGUGCCAGAGCUUGGACAGCAAUUGAAGCAAUCAUCUUGUUAAAAGUAAACAAACGUGUCACAAUGGCGCGUCUGUCGUAUCACCUAGCAGUGGUUACCGUCAUAUUAUACGGCUUAUUUAUGAAUUGUGCUGCUGAACAGACUACAGAAUCUUUGGUUAUUUCCAAAGUCGAGGAUGGUUCAGCAGACGCGCAGUCGGAAGCGCAAGCGGAGCAGGUCACCGAAGAGCACACGCCGCCCAUCAAGCUGACAGAAAUGGAUGUAAAGUCACAUGUAUCAAUGAGAUACGCACACACCGCGGUGGUGGCGCACGUCCGCAAUCCAGCCAAGCGAGCGCAAGAAGCCAACUUUAGGGUGCUGCUGCCCGAGACAGCUUUCAUUAGUGGAUUUGUUAUGACAAUCAACGGAAAAUCAUACAAAGCCUACGUGAAAGAAAAAGAAGAGGCUAAACAAAUUUACCAAGACGCUGUAUCGCAAGGCAUUGGUGCAGCUCACAUCGCUGCUAAGGCCCGGAAUUCAAAUCAUUUUACUGUUUCGGUGAAUGUGGAACCUUCAUCUGUAGCCGUAUUUAAUUUGACUUAUGAAGAGUUGCUGCAACGUCGAAAUGGCGUGUACAAUCACGCAAUUAACUUACACCCGGGCGCGCUUGUCCCCAAGUUCACUGUCUCGGUCAACGUCCAAGAGUCUUCCAAUAUCACCAUACUGAGAGUGCCAGAAAUGAGAACAGGCAACGAAAUAGACGCCACUAACGAAGAUCCUGCUUUGUCAAAUGUUGUUAUUACAAGAAACGCCCACGACGCCUCCAUCUCAUUUUCACCUGAUUUAGAUGAGCAACAAAGACUUAUGGCGCUAUAUCAAGAAAAGGCAAAACAAUGCGAAUGCGAUGAAGGUACGGGUAUUCUCGGCCAAUUCGUGGUACAGUAUGAUGUAGAUCGACCCAACAACGGAGAAGUUUUAGUAAAUGAUGGUUAUUUCGUUCAUUUCUUCGCACCGAGUGACUUGCCGCCUCUCCACAAAUAUGUUGUGUUUGUACUCGAUACGUCGGGUUCAAUGAUGGGCCGUAAGAUUGAGCAAUUACAUACCGCAAUGAAUACAAUACUCAGCGAAUUAAAUCCAGGAGAUUACUUUAGUAUUGUCGACUUCCAUUCAAAUGCGAAGGUCCACGAUCUUGCGGAAGCUACUCAAGAGCCGGUAAAACGUUUUUACUAUUACGAUUUGAGUGCAGCAAGUAAAGUAACUUUGAUACCUGCAUCACCGGCGACCCCCGAGAACAUUGAUAAAGCUAAAGUUAUCAUACAGAGAUUGGAAGCUAAUGGUGGUACCAACAUUGAAAGUGCGUUAAAUGUGGCUGUAGACCUCAUCAACAAGCGCGUUGAAUUGACCAAGUCUCAGAGCAAUUCAACAGCGGUGCAAGCUGCAAAUGAUGGCGCCCCUACAUUAGAGCCAAUGAUCAUCUUCUUGACUGACGGCGAUCCAACUGUGGGAGAAACCAACACCAACACAAUCAUCAACCAUAUCACAGAGAAGAACUACGGAGUGAACAAGGCUGCCAUCUUUGCACUUGCUUUUGGAGAAGAUGCAGAUCGCAAGUUCCUCCGCAAGCUAUCGCUGAGGAACAAUGGUUUUAUGAGGCACAUAUACGAGGCUUCCGACGCGGCGCUGCAGCUCCGAGACUUCUACAGGCAGGUGUCCUCGCCACUCCUCGCUGAUGUCAACUUCGUUUACCCGCCGGAUCAAGUGAAAGAAGGGUCUGUGACGAAGAAUAAGUUCCGCGCCUACUAUGCUGGCUCCGAGGUGGUGGUGGCGGGCAAGGUGGCCGCCGGAGCCGCCGAACUGGAGCCGCAAACCCUCGCCUUCUGCGGCGAUUUUAACGAUGGCGCGCGGAAAAAAUUCGAGAAGAAAAUUAAAGUGCCUGUGAAUAAAAAUCCGGGAUACCUACCUCUCGAACGGCUGUGGGCGUACCUCUCUAUAAAGCAACUGCUCGAUGAAAGUGACGCUUCUGAUGCAACUGAAGAAGAAAAGAAGCAAGAAAACAGCCCAGAAAAGAAAGCAUUGGCUUUGGCUCUUAAGUACGCGUUCGUGACUCCACUAACGUCCCUAGUGGUCGUGAAACCCAACGAAACCAGCGCUGUGGACGCAGAAUCUGUUGACAAACAACCUCCGAACAUUUAUACCUUUGCACCCACGAGACCAGUCGCUCCAGUGUACAAUUCGAUCAGUCAACCUAUGUUUGCUCACUCCCAGGCGGGAUUAAUAGGCUCAGCAUUCUAUGACAGAGCAUCCUUCACCUAUAGCAGAUUACCUGGUAGACCCAGUGCAGCGUUUGGACUGGCUGGCCUAGCGGCACCCGCGUUUGAUUACGGACAAUCUUAUUAUCAUAAAAGUUUACGACACUAUUUUAAAUCCAAGAAAACUCAUAGAUUGAAGGGUGUACCUAGACACGAGGAAGAGGAUUUCGAUGCAUUGGUUCUCACCACCACUCCAUUCACGAAUGAACAAUUAUUAGUAACUGCCCCGAGUCGCGACGUCUACGGUCUAGAGCCGUUCCCGUGGACCGAGGGUUUAUUGGACUUCGACAAGGACACGCUCUCAUUCGCAACUAACGCUACUGUCACAUUAAAAGUGACCAGAAAUCCCACAGCUCCGAGAGCAUCCGGUGGUGAUGCAAGUUGUUCCAACGCUAUCGAUGGCGGCGACGGCCUGUGCGUGUACUUGACGCGCUGUCACAAGGCGCGCGACAUCACACUCGACAUAUACAAAACCACUUACUGCUCCGUCGAGGGAGGGUACGCGGGAGUUUGCUGCAGCGCGAAAGAGAUUCAUUAGUCAUUUACUUAGAAAAUAAAUUGUGUAUAAGUUAUAAUCGCACUUUUGAUACAGAGUAAAAAAUAUUUUGGGGGUUGAUUAUUUUUGGUCAGAAAAUUACCAAUGAUAAAUUUUAGUCUAUUGUAAAUUAUACUACAAUUGGCGAAAUUUCAUAGAUAUAACAUUAUCUUUAUCUUAUUUAUGUCAGUUUUAUGUACUUCAUCUUUUGCCUACAAAAUGAAUAGCAGUCUUCCAUUUUAAUACAGGGUGUUUAAAUGUUAUUGCUCUACCUAUUUAAUAAAUUUAUAUAAAUAAUAAAA